CUUCCACACCAAAAGGCAUUUACAUUUACACCAACAAGAGCUUUAUGCGUUUGAGAGCUCUAGCAAAUUUUGCACACAAUAGCUUGCUCUUCACUGUAAAAACCACCACCAACAGAAGCAAGAACCAUUUAAGUUUUAGAGCCCCUUUCUUCAUCAGAAACCACACCAUGUCUGGUUCAGAUCAAUCCCCUUCUUUCAGCACACCUAGAAUGGUGGUCAAGAAGGUCCUGGCCAAGUCCCAGAGCGAGGGUGAUGGAGCUGUUGUCAGAAGAGCCAUUGGAAUCUCUGAGUUGAGGAACCUGGAUCCGUUUCUCAUGCUAGAUGACUUUUCAGUGUCCCCUCCUGCCGGAUUUCCGGAUCAUCCACAUAGAGGGUUCGAGACUGUCACAUAUGUGCUACAGGGAGGCAUCACUCACCAAGACUUUGCAGGGCACAAGGGUACAAUUGGAGUUGGAGAUGUACAGUGGAUGACAGCAGGCAGGGGCAUAGUUCACUCUGAGAUGCCUGCAGGAGCAGGACGCAACAAUGGUUUGCAGCUUUGGAUCAAUUUAGCCCGCAAAGAUAAAAUGGUUGAGCCUAGAUACCAAGAACUCCUAAGCAAGGAGAUAAAGCAGGCAGAGAAAGAUGGAGUUCAAGUUCGAGUGAUAGCAGGAGAAACAAUGGGAGUGAGCUCUCCUGUUUAUACCCGAACACCAACAUUUUACUUUGACUUCACCCUUAAGCCUAAAGCAAUUUUGCAUCAAAGCAUCCCAGAAGGUUGGACUUCCUUUGUCUACAUUAUUGAUGGAGAAGGGGUUUUUGGGUCAGCGCAUGCAUCAGCUCAUCAUAUUCUGGUUUUGGGUCCUGGAGAUGGCAUAAGCGUGUGCAACAAGUCAUCAGAGCUGCUGAGGUUUGUGUUGAUCGGAGGCCAGCCAAUAAAUGAACCAGUGGUUCAGCAUGGGCCUUUUGUGAUGAACACACAAGCUGAAAUUGAACAGACCAUUAGAGACUAUCAUUAUGGCCAGAAUGGGUUUGAAAGUGCCAAGUCUUGGAGCUCUCAAUGAUUGUGAUCAGCAACCCCAAAAAGAAAGAAAAUGAUUCACCCCUUAUGUUCUAGAAGAAAAGAUUGAGGGGACAUAGAAGAAUAAGAUGAAUCAACUAUAAUAGUCUUUAUCAGUGUCUGUGACUAUCUCCAUCCAUAUGAACCAGUGUUAGUAGUGGAAAGAAGGAUUUCAUUGACAUUGGGAUAAAAAGAUUCUAGAAGAUUCAGAGCUGAUAUUUGCUCAUCACCAAAGUCAUGAUGGGUCAGCUUAUCUAAGUUGAUCUUUUCUUUUCUAUUUUUUUUCAACAAGAUGUAUCUGUGGCAUGCUUCUUUUUCUUUUUAAUAUGCUUUAUGUGGUAGUUUUAUGGUUGGAAUUUGAUUUGGUUAUCAUUACCUUGUAAGUGUUUUGGUGAUUUCUUUUCCAUUGCUAUUGAUGGUGAUGGAAAUGGUGGUAGGAUUGGUCUUUUUUCUGUGAGUUGGAUUCCUAUUCAUAUCUACAACCAGCAAAGAUUAUCUCCACCUACAAUGUUAUUGCUAAAUCCACUGUAUUUGGGUUGAUACUGAGGCAUGGUGAGAAGGGAAAUGAGGUAUUAUUGGUAUAGGCACAACACAAGCAACCCAAGUGCUAUCUCCAUUUACUAAAAGCAACUUCAAUCC